CCGGCGGCUCUCAUCUAUCAUUUUUCAAACCUUAUCUACCAGUGAGGAAGAUCGAAGAACCCUUCUCUACCAUGUCUUCCCCAGACUUUUUGCCAUCACCACCCCUAACCUUGCAUUAUAAAAAAGCUUCUUUUUAUUUUCCCAAAGAAGCACUGUAUAUGAUUCCCCAAUAACUCUUCGAAACUAGACAUAGAGAAGAAACCUAAAAGAUGUCCAUAGUGGAAGAAGCACCAGGAUACCUUCAAGUCUUUUCUGAUGGAUCGGUAAAGCGCUUUGUGCCUGCAGGAAUUGCCCCUGCCUCACCAAAACCAAGUAAUGGAUACAAGUCCAAGGAUGUGAUCAUUGACUCAACAAAGCCGGUAACCGGAAGGCUAUUUCUUCCCUGCAGUGAUCCAACUACUGGGUUUUCAAGUAAACUUCCUGUUGUGGUUUAUUUCCAUGGUGGUGGCUUUUGCUGUGGUUCCACUACGUGGACUGGCUACCAUAAUUUUCUGGGGGAUUUCUCUGCCGCAUCCCAAUCCAUUGUUCUCUCUGUCGACUACCGUUUGGCUCCGGAAUAUCGUCUCCCCAUAGCAUAUGAAGAUUGUUAUAGCUCACUGGAUUGGCUUGGUCACAGUGUAGGAUCUGAACCUUGGCUUGAGCAAGCUGACCUUUCCCGUGUGUUUCUGUCGGGAGAGAGUGCUGGAGGAAACAUUGUACACCACGUUGCUGUCAAAGCCAUUCAGAACAACACUUGUCAUGUAAGAAUCAAUGGUUUGUUGGUGAUACAUCCCUACUAUGGGAGCGAGAAGAGGACCGAGAAAGAGAUGGCUGAAGGAGCAGCAGCAGCAGAAACUGUUGCACUGAGCGACAUGUUCUGGAGACUAACUAUACCAGAAGGCUCAAACCGUGACUAUUAUGGUUGUAACUUUGAGAAGGCAGAACUUUCUGGAGUUGAAUGGAGUCGAUUUCCGGCUGUGGUGGUUUUUGUGGCUGGCUUGGAUUUCUUGAAGGAAAGGGGAGUUAUGUAUGCAGAAUUUCUGCAGAAGAAAGGGGUUGGAGCGGUGAGGCUGGUGGAGACUGAGGAGGAGUCACAUGCAUUUCAUGUGUUUCAUCCUGAAUCUGAGGCAACACGCUUGCUCCAGCGACAAAUGAGUGAGUUCAUCAAUAGCUCUUAACAACAUCCUAGUUAAAUUGAAAUGAAAAGAAUUGCUAGUCUUCUUGGAAUUCAGGGAUCAUUUAUACCCUUUGCUGUUUUGAGUGGUGUAGGGAGUCCUGUUUGUAAGUGUGUUUUCUUCCGUUUGGAUGUUUGUUUCCAGUUUUAACCGCCCGGAGUGAUGUUUCA